CACUGCACACACACGCACGCACGCCGCCCCGUGCUCCCCACACACACGCAGCGUGGCGUCACGCCGCAGGAACUCACGCACUCGCGCACGGCGCCCUCGCCCCUCCUCCUCCCCGCACCCUCCCCACGCACGGGCGGCAGCAGCAGCAGCGGGAGCAGCAUCAGCGGCAUCAUCAUCAGCAGCGGCAGCAGGCGAGAGGCACGCGGGCCGACAGGCGACAUGUUGAGUUGACGCGGCCCAGCGCCCAACGACGCAGGCCCGUGCCGCCAGACUGCGCGGACCCCCGGGGCUGACCCCGCGCGGACCCCGAGACCCCAGCCGGAGUGAGGACCCCUUUAGAGCAGCUGACAGGGGGCCCCUCUCAACCACCACCACAACCACAACAACCACCACAACAACAACAACAGCAGCAGCAGCGACGUCGUCGGCCGUCGCCACCACUCAGCGAGGCCACUCGAGUUACAAAUCUCGUUUAGAAAAUCUCCCUUCUCCAUGUUUGUCACCGUUUGAUGUCUCUCGGCUCGCCUUCUUCCUGUGACGGCGAUGGCCAUUGGUGUUUGUUCGACGCACUGAGAGCACGGGGCGAUUCGUUCCUUCGACAACCCGCGGAAGAGACUUCGAACGCUCUUGCGAGAAAAGAGGGGGGGCAAGGAGGUUGAAGACAGCAGCAGCAGAGGAAGAGGAGGAAUCAUCGCGAGUGGAUUAUUGCUGCGGGUUCGUCUCCGCCGUGGCCCCGUGCUGUCCGUGCGCGGUGCAGGAGGACGCGCAGAUGGCGUCGUCCGCGUCGUCCCGGACGCGCGGGCCGAUGUGCAGGUGAAGUCGUCCGCCGCCGCCGGGGAGGAGGAGGAGGCACGAGGAGGAGGCGGAGAGGACCGAGGGGAGCGGGGAUGUCGCCGCGACUCCACGAUGGCGCCCAUACAUGAGAUCGGCAUGGCUAUCCACCUAGAGGGAGAUGCGCCCUCCUCCCACGCAGCCGCCCGGCCAAACUGCUCCAUCUCCGCACGGGGACCUCCGCUUCUCCCUCCGGCGACGGCGGCGGCGGCGCACGGCGAGGGGCGGUGCGGCGUCGGCGGAGGGGGGGGUGCGCCCCCCCCCACCGCCGUGCCCCCCCACACCUUCUGCUGCCCCGACCACCUGCCUCUGGAAGACGACGACGGUGACGGCGACGACGACGGCGCCGUGGAUUCGGCGAUGAUCACCGGCGGCGGCGUCGGCGGCGUCGGCACGACCGCUAACGACGGCGGCGGCGGCGGCCGCGUCACCGCCGCGACCGCCGGCGGGGGCGGCGGGGACUACAAGCUGGUGCCGCACGAAGUCCUCCGCUCGCCCGGCGAUUGCUACGAGGUCCUCGGCUUCCUGGGCCGCGGCACCUUCGGCCAGGUGGCCCGGUGCCGCGCCAGGGCCCGCGGCGGGCUGGUCGCCGUCAAGGUGCUCAAGCGCCGGCCGGCGUCGUACGCCCGGCAGGCCCGCGUGGAGGCCGGCAUCCUGGCGCAGCUGGGGGACGGCGACGACCACAACCUGGUGAGGGCCUUCGAGAGCUUCUCCCACCGGGGCCACACGUGCCUCGUGUUCGAGCUGCUGGCGCUCUCCCUCUACGACUUCCUCAAGCGCGGCCGCUUCCGCCCGCUGGGCCUCUGGGCCGUGCGGCCCGUCCUGCAGCAGGUGGCCGUGGCGCUCGCCAAGCUCGAGAGCCUGGGCCUCAUCCACGCCGACCUCAAGCCGGAGAACAUCAUGCUGGUGGACCCGGCGCGCCAGCCCUACCGCGUCAAGGUCAUCGACUUUGGCUCGGCCAGCCACGUCUCCAAGGCCGUGUGCUCCACCUACCUGCAGUCGCGAUAUUACAGGGCCCCCGAGAUCAUCCUGGGGCUGCCGUUCUGCGAGGCGAUCGACAUGUGGUCCCUGGGCUGUGUCAUCGCCGAGCUGUACCUGGGCUGGCCCCUCUACCCGGGGGCCCUGGAGUAUGACCAGAUCCGCUACAUCUCGGAGACGCAGGGAGCCCCCCCGAACCGUCUGCUGAACAUCGCCACGAAGACCUGCAAGUUCUUCCGGCAGGAAGGGCCCUACGGCUCGUGGAGACUCAAGACGCCACAGGAGCACGAGGCUGAGACGGGGCUCAAGUCGAAGGAGGCAAGGAAGUACAUCUUCAGCUCGCUUGACGACAUCGCACAGCUGCACCCGUCGCUGGAGUGCGACGCGCUGGAGGGGUUGGCGGAGCGCUGCGAUCGCCGGGAGUUUGUGGAGCUGCUCACCCGCAUGCUGCGCCUCGACACGGAGCAGAGGGCCACUCCUCACGAAGUGCUCGCUCACCCCUUCCUCACCAUGAGCCACCUGCUCGAGCAUCAGCUCACCCAGCACUUCCGCUCGUCCUACCAGGCCAUGGAGGUUUGCCAGCGCCGACCUCCGCCCUUCGACCCGGCGCUGCUCGGCAACGCGCCCUUCCUGUCGCCGGUCGCCAUGGAGACGCCUGGCGAGGGCCUGGCCUUCGGGCUCCACGGCCAGGUGGGCGGCUUCACCUCCAACCCCGCUGUGAGCCUCCCGCUGACCAAUCAGGACGCGGCGCUCCUUGGCUACGGGGGGCGAGGCUACGGCGCUCCGCCCCCAUUGGACGGCCGCGACGUGGGCGGGGCCCUGCCUCAGCCAAUCGGGUCGACGCAGUACCUGACCCCCCGCGACCCCUUCUCCCAGCAGCCCCUGCUGCUGUGUCCGCCCCGUUACCAAGGAACAAUGCAGACGUCCAUCGCAAAGCAUCCUGGGUACGCGCCCGCUCCCGUGGUUUCCCAGAAUCCACCGGGGCAGCCCCUGCCUUUCCAGCCGCCACUGCAGGCAUGGGGUGGCCACCCUGUGCCCGUCGUGACCGUGCAGACCUGGCAGCGCAUGCCUGGGAUCCUCGGCACCCACGGCCUCCCGGGCGGCGGAAUUCCCAACGGCAUUCCGGGCGGUGGAAUUCCCGGCGGGAUGGCGCCCAGCGAUGGCUCGGCGACUUGGCAUGGGCAGCCACAGUCCGACAUCGGCAAGCUGCAGCUGUGUGCAGGUCACUACGGGAUCGUUCCACAGCCGUCCACGUCUGGUCACAUGACCCUGCCCUCCCAGCCAAUGGGAUCUUGCGUGCAGCCAUCACUAUGGCAACCAGGCUUGAGCGGGCUGCCACUGCGGCCUGGCAGGAGCUACGUGAGUGGCCCCCUGCGUGCUGACGGCUUCCUCCCCUCCCCCAGCAAGGCCCCCCACCGUUGGCACAACAACAACAGCAGCAUCAAGAGCCUGGGGCCCACACGGCCAGCGGGCCCCCCACCUCCCGAGCCGCCCCACGCAGCCACUUCUGUGGCCUACCGAGAGGGGGCCUCCACAGGAACCCAUCGCCUUGACAACGGCAGCAUCACCAUGGCGACGCCGAGCCCCCCCACCAGCCUCCUGUCGCUGGGCAGCAGUUCCCAGGCAUCGUCAGAUGAGGAGGAAGAGGAGGAGGAGGAGGAAGGAGAUGCGGAGGAUGAAGGGGAGGAGGAGGAGGAGGAAGAGGAGGAAGAGGGAGGCAAGGGUGUGAAGAGGUGCGAGGGCUCGCAGGCGUGCGAGGCGUGCCGGAGCAUCGCGCGUGCCGCCGCCGCGGCCGUGGCCGUGGGCAAGGCCUCGUGCUCGCUGGGCAGCACGGACAGCGCCCUGGGCACCAGCCUCCCCGACUCCGAGUCCCCGCGACAGCCCCCCCCGGCCCCCCCGGCCGACGCCCCGGCCCCCGCGGGGGGGCCGCCGUCCUCCCCGCCUGUGUCGCCGCGGCAACGCAUGGAGAGGCUGACGCUGUCGCCGCGGAGACGGAGGGGACCGGAGGAGGCGGCGUCGCCGCAGAGGCCGGAGGGGCGCAGCCAGCGGGCGAGGGUGGGGAGCUUUAGCCUGGUCAGUCAGUGCACCACCGCCACCACCGCCACCACCGCCACUACCGCCACCACCGCCACCACCGGCACCACCGCCCAGCAGCAGCAGCAGCAGCAACCCGGAGAGGAGCGACUCCACCCCGACCGGAAUCCCGGCUCGCGGCGUGACCGCGUGGUCACCGUGACGACCGGUGGUCACGUGACCUCCUCCUGCGGCGCUCUGGGAUACCGCGGCCAGCCGAGACAGCACCAUCAGCAACAUCAGCAUCAGCUGCAUCAGCAUCAGCUGCAUCAGCAACAGCAGCAGCAUCAGCAACAGCAGCAGCAGCAUCAGCAACAGCACCAUCAGCAUCAUCAGCAACAUCAGCAGCAACAUCAACAGCAGCAGCAUGCAACUACCUACAGUCAGGCCCACCUCCCCGCCGAGCCCAACGGGAACUGGUCUCACUCGGCGUGCUGGUACAACUCGCUGGUGACCACGGCAACCGGCGGCUACGCCCAGGCUCCGCCAGGCCCGAUACCGUUCGCCCAGCCCCCGUGCCACCAGCACCAUCAUCAACAUCAUCAACAGCAGCAUCAUCAUCAGCAGCAACAACAUCACCAUCAUCAGCAGCAGCAUCAUCAGCAUCAGCGUGUAUACCCCAUGCAGGGCCCCGUGCCGUAUCUUUACCAGGCCUCGUCGGGCCUACCCCGUUUCCUGGCGGCCCCCAGCGCGGCCUGCGGGCAGGCCUACGCGGCGGCCUACUCGCAGCACGCGCUCGGCCUAGGCCUGGCCGCCAGGUACCUCCCCCCGUCGCCCGGACCCUUCGUGCCUUACGGUGCCGCGCGCCAGCAGCCGCAGCAGCCGCAGCAGCAGCCGCAGCAGCCGCCCAUGUUUGGGGGCGGUCGCUGCCAGCCAUACCUCACCCUCCACGCAACCGCGGCAGCAGGCUCCAACCCCGGCACAGGACUAGGCCUCUACCCAGGCUUCCCUGUGCUGCAGCAGAGCGUCGCACAGUACCUGCUGAUCUGAUGUGAGAGAGAGAGUGGAGAUGGAGAGGUGAGAGAGAUGGACAGAUGGAGAGAGAGAAGAGAAUGAGAUGGGGAGAGAGAGGAAUAGAGACGAGCGAGAGAAAUGGAAGAAGAGGGCGCGAGAUGGAGAGAGUGGGAAAGAGAGGAGAUGUGGAGUGAAGGAUGAACACCAGGAUUGAGAGGAAUGGAGGCACGUAACAAAUAAUCAAUUCAUUGGUUGUCACCAGGGCUUGACUAAGCCGGGCCUGGCCUGGUCUCCACCCAGAAAAUCAUUGUGCACCAGGCAUACCACAUCCAGUAUAGCUCUCGCAAAAUGUUCAGCAAGGAAUUAAGUCCUGGUUACAGUUGAUUCACGCGGUCGAGGCAAGCACGUGCAACCAUGCGUGCAGCAACAUACGCCGUGUGAGAUGGGUUGAUUUGAUCCCUGCAGCCACUAGAGGCCGCUACAUUCACCACGAUGUUAAACAAAAUAAUUUAUAUUUGAAUCAAAUUGAGACCAUGAAUUGCCACAAUGAGAUUUGUCCUGGAAACACUUACACAUACCCAAAAGAUAAAGGCUGACUGUUGGGGCAAGUCCUGUUAGCGAGCACCUAUGAAGGCCUGAAGGCCGGCAUGGCGAAGGAGAGGGGUUGAGUGGCCAGCACCACGCCCGGCCACCUUAGUCUUCCUGUGGCGAUGUUUACUACACACCGCACCAGGCACUGGGGCAGGCCCAAGACCGGUUCAAAUAAUCUUCAAUGGUGUUUGAUGGCUAUGAGCGGGAAUCAAACUCAUAUUUACCCAUGUUUAUUUUAAGAGCAUCCAUGCUGGCCUCAUGACUAAAAUCUACGAUCCACCCUCGAUUGUCGUAUCGUAUUCCCACUUAAUAAUGCGCUUGCUUCAUCCACUUCGUAACAAUAAUAAUUAUUAUACUUUUAUCUUAUUUAGCGUCGUUAGUGCAAACUGCAAAAUCCGGACCCUCUCCGCACCGCGAGAGUUUGUGGGUUGCCAGGUGUUUCCAGAACACAACAGCUCGGCUGUUACUCACGUUGUUACGUGCCGAUGGGGAAGGAAGGGAAGGGGCACGAGGGGAGCGUGGAAGGAAGGAGGGCGAUGAAACGAAGAACAAAAGAGGGCAAACAGUGAUGAAGGACCGAUUUGAAGGAGGAGGGAACGGACGGGCGGAGGGAGGGGACUCCGUUGGCUCAGAGCGCGUCAUGUCAGCGGCGUCGGUUCCCCGCGAGCGAAAUGCCUGGGCCGGUUUUCGGCGUUCGGUGCCUCGUCAGCAAGACGCCAAGCUCGGCUUGAACGAGUUCGAUUCCUGCUCUGGGUCCGUGGACUCUCAAGAGAGAGCGAGUGCGAGAGGGAGGGAGCGAGAGAGCGGUUUUCGAUUGCGGUGCUGGUGGUGCGUGCGUUGGGCACUGUACACAUUUCAGUUUCACGUCCGUCGGCCGACGACCGUCGAGAUUUUCUUGUUUUAUUUUCGCUUGGAAGUUUCCGGAUCACGGGGUGUGGGAGGUGGGGGGGACGGUGGGGUGGAGAAGUUGGUGCAGCGAUCGGUAGGGAAGUCUGGCUUUUUGCGCUUAACUUAAAUAGUAAUUAUAAUAAUAAUCAGCACUGGGUGGGGUUAGAACUUCACCGCGCUAUGGACGUGAUCAAUUUUUAACGAACGCGCGCAAGAGGUUCUUGAUUUUAAUCGAUGAUUGCUUCCCCUUUUCGUUUUUGAACGCGGGCAAGUUGGUUAUGUCUAAGCAGUCGGGGUAUUUAUAUGGACGGGCUGAAGGAGAGCUUAAGUAUUUCAUGAUGUAAACCGUUGGCAUGAUUUUAUUGGGUCCCUUCAAGCCAGCUGUCAUACAAUGAAUGUAUCUUAACAAAAUUAUAUAUUCUAAAAUUCAAUGUAUUUGCUUUAAGAAAAGUAUACGAUAGAGUUUGUGUGUGCGGCACUAUAAUAUAAAAAAUAUAUAUACGUAAAUAUAUAUACGAUAUGAUCGCAUAAGCUUCUAAAUCCAACACGCGCUCCGGCAGUUUUGAUACGACACUUACCCUGUACAGUAUUUUUGUAACUCGGACAGCGGAGCGGCGACGGUGGCGGUGGGGGUGGCGACACUUUUUGGUAAAACGGAGAAUUUGGGACGCUCCACGAACCCGCACUGCGCUGCUGUUUAACGCGUCGGCAGCAGCAGCAGCAGCAGACAACAACAACGGCAUGGAGAAGCACGAGCGAAUAUCCCAGUAGAGCGUGGAACAUUGUUAGCCCAACGUUGACACAAAGUUGGGCCAACGGUUCCAACCACAUGCCAACGUUGGCUCGACGUUGGGUCAACGUUGAGCCAAAUGUUCCAAACACAUGUCAACGUUGGGCUAACGUUGGGCCAACGUUGGCAUGUUUACUGGGACGGGCCACUGCUGCUGUUGUUGAUGUACCGAGCGAUGGUGGUGGUGGUGGAGGAAGAGUUGAUUGUUUCUCGUGAGAUGGAUGUCUAAGUGCCUUAUGUUUUACUCGAGGGCAGUUCCUCCUAUGGGCAGUUUCAACCAGCCCCCAUCAGCCCCCGCCACUCUCCCCGUGGGCCCCCACCUCCUCCCCCAUCUGCUCCUUCUCACGAUCGUCGCUGCGAUUCUGGCGGAAGAUGAGACGGGUGGAGGAGGAGGAGGAUGAGAAGGGGGGUGGCGAUGUUCCCAUAGGAGCGUGACCCCGCGUGACCCCACAGGGGUGACGGAGCGAGCCGGGGUGUCCGUGUGGAGGACUCCAUCAGCGUAGGAAUGGGGCCGUGGCCGUGGGAGGGGGGCAGGCUCCUGGCGCCGUUGGCCGCUGUCACCCCCCCCCCCCCCCCCGUCCGUGCGUUUGCGGCGGAAAACUUUCCCCGUGAUCCUAGAUCUCGGUCACUGCCGGUGACGGCGCCAACAGCAUCUCCGUGGCGCCGAGUCUCACUCGUUUGGUCCCCCCCCCCCCCGCACGUGAAUCUCAACUCCCAGCAAACUCUCUCCCUGCUCUCGCACGACCCGCCGGUGGAAACUCCACAUUCCUAGAACGGGGACGCGUCUAUCCGUAAGACAGCCACUGUUUACUCCCCCCCGAUAAGCUGGUACCUAGUUUAUAGGCCACAUCGGGACGGAGGGUAGAUGAGGAUUCAACUCCCCGCCCAACCCAACCAGGAGUUGAACUCGCCGUGAUCCACAGCCAGUCCGUCCCGGUAACGCGCCGGCCACUCGCUGGUGACUCGAGAAGGGGAGGUGCGGAGCGGGGGGGGGGGGGGCAGUCCCGACAUCUCUUCACAGAGGGGGGGCCCUCUUUAGCAAUCGCAGCACGCAAUAUGAGCGGUGCCUGGUGAAUAUCUCCCGGUUCACAAGUUGUGGUGGUUCUCCGAAGAUCCACCCCUGAGAAGCUGGUGGGGAGAGGGAGGCGAGGCUGGGGGGAAGGUGGUUGUUGUUGUUGUCGUUGGUGGUUGUUGUUGGUGGUACUGGUGGUUGUUGUUGUUGACCAGUGCUCCUCGCAUCACGCGCUGACAAUCGCGCCCUCUCGGGCUGCAGGGUGCAGAGUUCACAGUUUAUUUUGUACAAAAUGUAAAAGAUUUAAUAUUGAUGAUAUUGAUUAUAAUAUUGAUAAUCUAUUUACUAAGAGAUAUAAUACGAAGCAAUGGAACACUGCAGCUUAUGUAUGUGGGAGGGUAACAGGCUGUUAACAAGGGUGGUAGACUUAGUGAUGAUGAUGAUGGUGGUGGUGUUGGUGAUGACGAUAAUUAGGCAUGUAACAAUUCAAUGAAUGAGCUCGUUAAUUGAUACUUGCGUGGAAUCAUGCUAUCGACUAUACAGGACACAAAUGCAAAUUAUAUGCAAAUGACAUUUUAAUGAAAUGAAACUGUAGAAUGAUGGAAGGCGUGAAACGGGCGUGCGAAGCGGACAGGACGAGCGAGGCACGCGGAGUGAACAAGGCGCAGGCAGGACGUUGACGGUGUUCAUGUGAUCGAUCAUCGAAUCGAUUAUGAAAUGUGAUCAAUGACUGAAUCGGUCACGAACUCCCAACAGGAUGAACUUGAAUUCUUACAUGUCUGAUGAUGAUGAUGUUGGUGGUGGUGGGGGUGGCGGCGGCAGCGGUGGUGGUGGGAUGAAAACUAACACCAUUUGGGGCGGUACGAGGGUUGGUGUUGUGGCGCUGGUGCUUGCUACUCAACUGCAGAAUGCGUGCGUGUGUGCUGCUUGUGUACACGUGUGCGCGUGUGCGGGUAGCGGUAGUGUAGCGGUUAGCGCGCUGCACUACGAACCCGGCGACCCGAGUUCGAUUCCCGCUGACGCCCACCACCACUGACGAUUAUCUGAACCGGUCCUGGGCUUCCUGCCCUAGGUCGACUCAGCCUUAAAUGAGUACCUGGUGCGAUGUGUAAACAUCGCCACUGGGGAGACAAAGGCGGUCCAGCGUGGUGCUGGCCACCCACCCCCUGGUGUGCCGUGCCGGCCUUCAUAGGUGCUCGCUAACAGCACUUGCCCCUACAGUCUGUUAAGGCUAUACGGGGGGUCUUUGUGUGAGUGAGUUGCGUUCAAUUGGCUGCCGGGCGUAUGCAGUGAUGAUGUGUUUUGUGCUGCCUGCUGCUGUUGCCUGCUGCUGUUUGCCUGCUGCUGUUGAAGUCGCCCCAAUGCCCCCAUCCCCUCCUCCACCCUCCCCUUGGUAACCACGUGGACCGCACUCGCUCCGGUCCCCAUGGUUACUGCCAUCGCCAUCGCUCGCGUUGUGCACCUCGGUUCCAGAAAGUACUGUAGCCACGGAGAUGAUGAUGAUGUUCACGAUGGCGAAUAUAAUAUGAUCGUGGUGACAAUGUUGAUGAUGGUGAUGAUUAUUAUUAUGAUGGCGACGGUAUUGUUCGUUUCACGGCAAAGCUUCUUGAGUUAUUAUUUUUUAGAAUUAUGGGAAUCUGCAAUUAACUAUAACUACUACUAUUACUAUGACUGUUGAUGUCGUUGUUGAUACUAUUGUUGACGUCGAUGUUUAUUGGCUGCGAGCUGUGUGCUGUGUGGGCUUAGUGGCCUCCGUCUUUGUCUCUCUUUGGGAAUGACGUCAGUAUUGUAUUCGCGGGGUGUUUCCCGUGCUGGCAAUCUUAUUAGCUUUACAGUAACUUGCGGCGACGAUGGUGAUGAUGAUGGCGGCAGUGGUGAUUAUGAUGGUGGUAACGACGGCUGUGAUGAUGGCGGUGGUGAUGGUGGCGGUGAUGUUGAUGAUAGUGAUGUUGCCACAGCAAGUCGCUUCAUUAUUUUAUUUUUUGAUGACGAUGAUGAGAAUCAUGAUGAUUAUUAUUCGUCAUAGUUUGUAUUUAAGUCGCCGUGGUUACUUCAGCCGGGCAGUAGUAGACUAUUCACUUAAGGUGGCGAGGCUGGGAGUGGGACGUGGGGCUGCUUUGGCUCCCAGUGGGCUCGGAGAUGAAAAGUACAUCCUAGGAUUUUGCCGCCCUGUGCUCUAGGAAAUGGGAAACAAUGAAUUGGUCCUGAGAUCUUAAGGUCCUGAAAUCCAGGAGAUGUGAAGCAGUGGGACUUCAGGCCCCAGUGUCCGUGAAAUGAGAGAUAGGGGGAGUAGGUCCUCAGCUCCAAAUGAUGGAAGAUAUGGGAGGAGGAGGGAGGUCAUCAAAUUCCUGUCCCUCGCCCAACUCGUCACGGGGCCUGGUUCCACCACCACUGGCUGCUGUGGUUCACAGAGAACUGCCUCACCACGCUGCCCACUCCACACCUCUUCGGGUGGGAGCAGCAUCUCUUCCAAUCCACCCCUGGCUUUGCCAGCGCGACGUCGCGACGUCCUGGAAGUGCAAAUGAUGAUGAGGCCAGCGGCGGAUAGACCAUGGCGAGGUCCUGCAGGAGCCAGAGUACCAAUAGACGUCCCACGGCUCUGUGUUGCACGGCAGUGACGCGCGUGCCGGGGCUCGAGGCGGGGGCCGGGCUUGGCAGGAGCGGUGGGUGGACGCGGAGACGCCGCUGUGGGGUUGGGACACGCGUGGGGGAGGGCCCCGUGGUGGAGGUGGUGGUGGCGGCCCUGUGGUGGUGGUGGUAGUGGUGGUGGCCCCGGUGGUGGCCCCGUGGUGGUGGUGGCCCCGUGGUGGUGGCCCCGUUGUGGUGGUGGUGGCCGCCCAGAAGUGGCGGCGUUGAGAUGCUCCGGGGCGAGCUGCGGAUGCUGCCGUGCAUCGACUUCCUUCUCACCUCGUCGCUGCAUUGAGACGAUGCAUGUGUGACGCGUGUGUCGCGUGUGACGUGUGUGUCGGAUUUGGGGAAACAUUCGUCGGCGUUGUGGUUGGUGGUGUGCGUGUUGUGUGAUGGUGGCUGCUGUUUUCUCUGAGUGUAUAAGGUGUGCUGUGUCACGGUGUGAUGUCUCGUAUGGUGUGCUUUUGUCUGGCGUGCUCCAUGGUGUGGCUGUGUAACGCGUAGUGCGGUGUGCGCUGUCGUGUCCCGUGGUGUUUGGUGCGGUGUGCUUCUCUGCGUGCUGUGUGUUGUGUGUGUGGUUGUCUGGGGUUGUGUGUUGUGUUCUCCCUGGUGUGGUGUGCUUCUGUCAGUAUGUGUGAUGUGCAUCACCUCAGCCCACAAAGCCACACCACCACCACCGCCACCGCCACCACCCUCUUCCCCUACUCCGCCCAUCCUCUGGGGCCCAUCAUUGUGCACUUUGACUCUGCCUCGCGGUCACAGGUCGCCCUAAGCGAAUUAAUGUAUUCGUAAGUUAAUCGAUCCGUUAAUUUUAUUUAGAAUCCCUGGGGAGAGCGCGUUGGGAACAAAUCUUUAGCAAACGGCGAACUGGAGAAGUUAAAGUCUGAACAAUGUGAACAAAGAGAGUCUCAUCACGGCGCAAAUGAUGAGAGCCAAAAACGAUGAUUGUGAUAAUCAAAUCGGGGCGUCCGUGGCUCGACUCGCGGGGUGUCACCAGGACGGGGGUGGGGGGGGGGGCCGCACUGGACCACGUUUAAAGCCAAAGUCUCACACGAGUUUGAAAUCGUUCGUCUUCAUUGGUUGCGUUACAUUGAGAAACGGUGACGUGGGGGUGAGUGGCUUGGCCAGACACGUAGAGAAUCUGAGACAAUCCAUCGCAUAUCUAUGCGAGACUUUUUGCCGGUAUAAAAAUGAUGGGAAACAAUCGGCUGUACCCGUUUGGGCAAUAAUGGAUCAGGAGUUGAGAUGUUCAACCCCAAGCUGUUCGGGCUCUGACGUCUCCAUUGUCUCUGAUUUUCGCCACGUGGCGCUGUUCUCCGGCGAGACGAGGCACAGAGGAGGCGGUCUCCGGCGUUGGGCGAUCAGUUUCAAGAACCACGCGCACAUUGUCAGAGCACGUUUGUUUGCAUGUUUUACCACGGCCACGUGUGGUUAGUGCAGACCUGAUGAUGCCUUGAGAUAGGUGUUUAUUUGCUGUUUGAACAUCUAAACCCCUCCUGUUUAUGCCGCAAAUGGUAAAGCCUCUUAGCAGUCUGGAGCGAACCACACAUCUACAGGACCCCGUGGAACGCGCUGGGAAGAAACCCCACAGAUCGUUCUCGAGGCGAUGUUGUUUGGGAACUUAAAAAUAACACAUUUGAGACGGCUGAACAUUUGUCGAUCAAUCUGAGAAGAGGCAGAGGAAUAUGUUCGAAAAAACCGGCAGAAUUUUGGUGAAAGAUUCCACAGACAACCAACAGCAAUCUGAGUUACAUCCCUCGCUACCGAAUCUGACUCCUAGUGCCUUUCAGAUGUCUCCUCCGCAGCGCGGGAGAGAGACUGCCUCGCGGUGGAGAGGAUAGCGACUUGGCGAGUGGUCAUUAUGAAGUGAUGACGUGAGCUGUGAUCGGGUGCUGCUGCUGAUGACGCUGGAAGUGGCGGUGGUGGCCCUCGUGCCCCGCGCUUCAAGUGCCCGUGUCGAGGGGGCACGAGGGGCGCAGGAAGACCUCGCCGCUCCCUGUCAAGUCACGGGACGUUGUCCACCACCAGGACUCGUGGGGUCGGGUGGGGCCCACGUGGAGGUGUGGGUGGGGGGGGGGUCCGUGCCCUCACCUGUUACCCCCCCCCCCCCAUUCAACCCUCCCCCCCACCAAUCUCAGCCCCCCUCCCCUUCCAGUGUUAAUUACGUUCAGGAAAUUAUUGACGAAAUUUUUCAACGAAAUCAUGACUGUGAGUGGGCGAAAAUUUCCACGUGUGAUGAUGACUACGACUGUUGCCCGCCACCAUCACCACCACCAUCAUCCAUACCAUCACCGCCACUACCUUCAUCAUCACCACCACCAUCGUCACCAGCAUCAUCACCACCACCACCUUCAUCAUCACAACCAAUACUAGCAGAACCACAAUCACCAUUAUUACUAUCAGAACCAUCAUCAUCAUCACCACCACUACCAUCGCCACCAAAGACCAAAGCGCUCCUGACGGACGAGGCGAGGCGUCUGAAUAAAGACGCGGGCCGAGGCGGGAGCGGCUGCAGCGCGCAGACGGAGCCCGCACACGUGGACACGUGGCGACUCUCCGUGUAGACACGUGGCUACUUUCCGUGUGGACACGUGGCCACUCUCCGUGUGGACACGGCGAGAUUGGCUGAGCUCAUCAGCAUCACUUGCGAGUGUCUUGACGGGACGCGUGUCCGCUGGCACUCCUCCAGACGGAGGGGAUUGACUGCUGUGCAAUUCCGCACGGGUGCGGCUCAUGGUCGAUGUUUGGGGUCGGAUUGAUUGGCCGCGUCGGGUGGAGGAGGGUGUACGACACAGUUACUUACGCGAUCUCAUUCAAACGAAUCGAUCACGAAUGACGUGAAAUCCACACGCGCUGUGCCCAGACUCGGCUCGGCUCGGGCUUGGCUGCGGCUCACGUGGAGCCAGCUCCGAGCCGCCGCGCUCCACGUGAGCCGCCUCUGAGUCACGGUCCCAGGCGCAGCUCAGGUUCUUUCACGAGUUGAGGCCGCUGAGUGGCUCAGGAGCUGAGCCAGAGCCGAGCUGCGACUCAGCAGAGCACGGCUCACGGUCUGGGUUUAAAAUCCGCCAGCUCACGCCGACUCGGCAGAGUCUGCGGCUAAAGUUAAACGUGCAAACGAGAUUAACACUGCCCACAUGCAUCCCCCCCAUCCUCCCAUCUCACCCCGCUCCUCCUCCGCCACCUCUUGCACACACUCGGGGGUUUCGAUUCUUUCUCUGUGUUGUGUGUAAUUUUUUUUACUCCUAGAGUCAUCGUUAUUAGAAGUCACAUUUCAGAAGAGUCUGUGUACCUUUUUAUCCUUAAGUAGCGGUCGUUGCUGCAUAAUUAUGAAUUAUCUAUCGUCCUGAUGUAUCGUGUGUGUGCACGCGUCUGUGUGGGGAGCGGUGGCGCAGCGGUUAGCGCGCUGCGCCACGAUCCCGGCGGCGACCCGAGUUCGAUUCCCGCUCACGGCGCACCAACAGCAGUGACAGCGAAUAUCUGAACCGGUCCUCGCUGGGUCCUCCCCUAGGUCGACUCAGCCUCAAAUGAGUACCUGGUGCGGUGUUUUAUAAUCACCGCUACUGGGGAGACAAAGGCGGCCGGGCGUGGUGCUGGCCACUCACCCCCUCGUGUGCCGUGCCGGCCUUAAUAGGUGCUCGCUAACAGCACUUUUCCAACAGCUUGCUAAAGGCUAUACGGGGGAUCUUUGUCUUUGUGUGUUGUUUGUGUUACUGCUCGGCUUGGGCUGAUGUCGUUGAGUGACUGUGAUGAUAUUAGGAGCUGUAUUACACACAAAAGCUUUAUUGUGAUCUUAAACAUUUUACUUGUAAUAAAUACUUUGCGUUGGUUC